GAACGUGAAUGCUUUGUUACGGCGGUGGGGUUUCGCGCUCCACUCUCUCCUCUCGGUUCCGCGCCCGGCGAGAGCGGCUCCGUCGAUCAAGAAACCCUUCACCCUUCUCCUCCUUCCGGGUCGAUCCGAUUCCAUUUAAAUGGAGAACAUAAAACGAUUGCCAAGAAAUGUUCAUGGAUCCUUGAGAUCCGGUGUUGUCAUGUUUGACUUGCCGAGAGUGGUGGAAGAGCUGGUGAAUAAUAGUUUAGACGCGAAUCCCACUAAGGUUUCUGUCUUUGUUAAUGUCAGAACUUGUUAUAUCAAAAUAGAAGAUGAUGGUUGUGGUAUUACAAGAGAUGAAUUGGUCAUUCUGGGAGAAAAAUAUGCAACAUCGAAGUCUGGUCUUGUGGAUGAUGGAAGAUCUAGCACUCAUGGCUUGGGUUUUAGAGGAGAGGCAUUGCUUUCACUUUCUAAUAUUUCUAUAGUUGAAGUUAGAACGAAAGCCCGAGGGAAGCCAAAUGCAUAUUGCAAGAUUAUAAAGGGAUCAAAGUGCUUAUUUCUUGGCAUUGAUGAUCAGAGGGAAGGUGUGGGUACCACUGUUAUUGUUCGAGAUUUAUUUUACAAUCAACCUGUCAGGAGGAGAUACAUGCAGUCUAGCUCCAAAAAAGUGCUUUAUUGUGUGAAAAAAGUUGUUUUGCGAGCUGCUUUAGUUCACUCACAAGUUUCAUUCAAACUAGUUGAUAUUGAUAGUGAGGAGGAGCUGAUCUGCACAACACCGUCUUCAUCUCCUUUGCCUUUUGUUUCUAAUAUGUUUAGUAAUGAGUUUUCUGAUUCUCUUCACGAAAUAGUUUUCUCUGAUGACAUGCUGAUGCUUUCUGGAUACAUUUCUGGACCAGGUGAUGUUUGCCCUACAAAGGCUCUCCAAUAUCUCUAUGUUAACUUGAGGUUUAUCAGCAAGGGUCCAAUUCAUAAUUUGCUUAAUAAUCUGGCAUCAAGUGUUCUGUGUUCUUUGGCUCUCCAUGCAGUUGACCCCGAGAUCCAAGGUGGAAAGAGACACAAAAUUCAAGCUAAUCCAGCAUUUAUACUUAACCUACACUGCCCUACUUCUCUUUAUGACCUGCAUUUCGAGCCUUCUAAGACAAUUAUUGAAUUCAAGGACUGGGAUACUGUCUUAACUUUCUUUGAACGAGCUGUCAGGCAAUCUUGGCAGCAACAUCUGGCACCAUCGUUGCAAGGAAGUUCCCAGAAAAUUGGUGCACUUAGGAAAAGUGAAGCACAGAAGGAAGAAACUUCCACAAGAGAUCUUGUAAAGAGCUCUAAUAUUACAAAGAGAAGCAGCAAUAAUCAGUUACACCGGAACUCUCUUCAUAUACCGAUGACCACUCCGCUAGAUUUGGCAUCAGAGGAUACUGAUGCUGCUCAAGAUCAAGGAAGAUCAAAGAGAGAUUUGCAUGGAUUUUUUAUGAAUCUUGAACCAUGCCAAACUGACACUGAUUAUUUCGGGGAAUAUAAUUUUCUCCGUUGUUCUGCAAAUGAUACAGUGCAUUUGCUUGGGUCCAGUCCUGAUAACAUGAGUUGUUUAGACAUUGAUCAUUAUGAUAAUGCUGAUGAUUAUUAUUUUGGGGAAUAUAAUUCUCUCCGUUGUUCUGCAAAUGAUGCAGGGCAUUUGCUUGAGUCCAGUCCUGAUCACAUGAGUUGUUUAGACAUUGAUCAUUAUGAGAAUGCUGGUGAUUAUUUUCUGCCGCAAAAUCAUGUUAUUCUGGAUCUUGUACCUCAAUUUGGCAAAAAGCACAAUAUUUUAGGCUCAAAAUGGAAAAACAAGUGUCCGGAAAGAGUUGGAAAUUUGAGUAGGGAAGCAGUUAAGACUACCAAUGCCCUUGAUUUUCAUGGUGUCAUGAUAAAUGACCACGAAGUUGAAUUUUCAUCACCUUUCCUGAAAAAGCUCAGCAAAUCAGGUGCUAGCAGCUGUUCUCUAAUAAAAAAUGAUAACUGUGACUCAGCAUACUACUCAAGAUGCAGUGGUUAUGAUGUUAGGAUUGGUCAGUCAGGAAGCGACCUUUUUCUUCAUGAUAAUAUUGAUCUCAUGGAUGCUGAUUACAGUACUGAGAAUUUAGACACUAGGGAUACAUAUACUCAAGAAUCAUUUGAUGCCUCGAUGCAUUCAAUUGGUGUAAUUAGAAAAUGCCGGACAACUAAGCAUUUAGAUGUAUCAUCAAUUGAUUUGGUUGAUCCUUGUUCUCUUGAUCAAGGUUGUUCAAGUAAAGACAAAAGGCUUGAUAGUUGCCUACAAGAUUGGGAAGCUAGCUCCAGAUGUGGAUCUCCUUACCCAUGCGCAUGGCACGCUAGAUCUCUUAGAACUAUUUUUGAUCCUGCAAAUAGGAGUAUCUCAGAAGAAAAAUUGAUGUCUGUAGAAGGUGAUGGAACUUGGCCUCUUGGAAUAACAAAAGUUAAGGAUGAAUAUCUUAGCCCUACUCAACACUGGUCCACUUGGGAACCUCCCAGCAUGAUAUAUCCAGCGAACAACUUGGAUGAUAAUUGCUCUUUACAUCCCAUAAGUAAUACGGACAUUAGUGACCCUUCAGAUGAGGUGGCCUUUGAAAAUGUUUGCGCAUCUAGUAAGAUUAAUGAUCAAAUAAGCUUGUUUCCUUCAGACAUUUUGGAUAUCAGUGUUACUGAGAAAAUUUUCAACCCCAAAUUGCUCACUAUAGAAAAGGAUAAUGUGGUGGUUGGAAGCCUAUGGAACGAGAAGGAAUUUCAAAGUCAACAAUUGCCUUUAAUCUACAAGGAAAGGUCAAGAAGUCAGUCAGCUCCUCCAUUUUACAAAGGAAAGUCCAAAUUCUCUGUGUUGUGUGGUUGUCUGACUUCUGUAGCUGCAAAGAAUUCUAGUUCUGCAGUCUCCAAAGACUUAUCAGAGGCUGUGUGUUUAUUCGAUAACAUGCUACAACCUAAUGCAUCUCAGCCAUGUUCGCAGCCUGUCCCUUCUGAGGAUUUCCAGCCAUAUAUGAUAGAACCGAGUAAUGAAAAACCAAGUACCUUUGACAAAAGACACUAUGGCCAAGCUGAUGUAAUUGAUGAUGUUCCAGAAUAUUCAGCAUCUGGACUUGCCAAGUGGCGCUUUGGUAUUCCGCAGACUAAAGAGGAUGAAGACAUUUUACACAAGCCUGUGGAACAGACCAAUGAUAUACUUGAUAUAUCUUCUGGGCUUUUACAUAUCUCUGGUGACUCAUUAGUGCCUGAAUUAAUCAAUAAGGACUGCCUUCACAAUGCCAGGGUUCUCUAUCAGGUGGACAAGAAAUUUAUUCCAGUGAUGGCAAAUGGAAGACUGAUGAUCAUUGAUCAGCAUGCAGCAGAUGAACGAAUUCGUGUGGAAGAACUGCGCCAGCAGGUUGUGUCUGGUGAAGGCAGAAGAGUUACUUAUCUGGAAUCAGAGCAGGAGUUGGUUCUUCCUGAAAUGGGAUUUCAGCUGUUACAAAAGUAUUCGGAGAAGAUUCAGAAUUGGGGCUGGAUCUUCAACAUUCGUAGUGCAUCCCAAAAUUUAUUUAACAAGAACUUGAACCUUCUUAGAAGGCAUUCGUCUGGUGUUAUUCUUGUUGCUGUUCCUUGUAUUUUAGGUAUCAAUUUAAAUGACAAAGAUCUACUUGAAUUUAUUCAGCAGCUUGUUGAGACUGAUGGAUCGUCCACUCUUCCGCCUUCUGUUCUUCGUAUUCUUAACUUCAAAGCCUGCAGAGGUGCGAUUAUGUUCGGUGAUUCCUUGUUACCUUCGGAAUGUUCUCUGAUCGUCGAAGAACUGAAAGCGACAUCACUUUGUUUUCAGUGUGCUCAUGGACGGCCGACCACUGUCCCUCUUCUGAAUAUGGCAUCACUCCACGAGCAGCUAGCAAAGCUCAAAGUUGAUCAAGGGGGCUCGAGCGAGACAUGGCACGGACUCAGAGUCCACCGACGUCCGAGCUUCAGACGAGCACAAUUGCUUCUAGACUCCGCCAAAAGGUUUCACAAUGGAUGAUGUAUCAGAAUUAAUGUUUUUCUUCUGUGCAUAGUUAACAAAUACCAGAUGUCGAUAAAUGAUCUUGAAGCCGUGGGAAACCCAUAUGGUGUUGUACGCAUGAACCAUUCAUUUGUAACUGCUGGCGAAGAUGUAGCCGAGGGAAUUCAUUAUGCUGUUGUCCGGGAGAACAUUCAUUUGUAACUACAGAUGAAGAUGUAUCCGUUGAGUUGAUCAUACACCGAAAUCUAAUAAAGUAGUUUACAUUCUCAACUA